AUGCAAACAUCCAUUUCCCCUUCACUUCUUCUGCCAUUUGCUCAAUAUAAACAUCCGUCUCCUUUCGGAAACCUUUUACUAACACCCCUUCUAGUAUACGUUAAGGGUAAGCACAUCUCCUACCAACGUUCUAAGAGUGUUAACAACCCAAACGUUUCUUUGAUCCAGAUCGAAGGUGUCACCAACACUGAAGAAGCUAAGUUCUACUUGGGUAAGAAGAUCGCUUACGUCUACAGAGCCUCUAAGGAAAUCAGAGGUUCUAAGAUCAGAGUCAUCUGGGGUAAGGUUUCUAGAACUCACGGUAACUCCGGUGUCAUCAGAGCCAACUUCAGAAAGAACUUGCCAGCUAAGACCUUCGGUGCUUCCGUCAGAGUUUUCCUCUACCCAUCCAACAUCUAA